GACCCCACCAUGGCACCGCAAGGUCAAUCAGCAUCGACGUGGGGAGCAGCCGUGGCCAGCGAAAAGGACGAGAUUGAUCUGUUCUUGGUCUGCGAUACGACGGGGUCAUGGGGACGUACCUGCCUGCACUCAAGGCAUCGUUGCGGCAAGUGUUCGUCGUGGCCAAGCUGCUCUUCCACGGCCGGCUCAUGGUGCACAUUGUGUCGUACAAGGAUUACUGCGACGGCGACAACUUGCUGACCACGGUGAGCCGCCGCAGCGGCCGCAACGAUGCGAUCGUAAAGUUCGUCGAUACGUUGGAGGCGACGGGGGGCGGCGACAACCCUGAAGCCGUCAAAACGGCGUUGAACCAUGUCAUCCAGACUGUGGACGAAAUCCGCGCGGCGGGGGCGCCAACGUCGCGGGCGCUCGUGUUUCUGUACACGGACGCGCCGCCCCACCACGCCAUGACCCAGUCGAGCAACAUGACCAAGGAAAUCCGCGCCAUCGAGAGCAACCCCAAGUAUCGUGGGGGCCACGAUUGGUUUCAGAUUCAGCGGACGCUGCGCACCCUUGACGUCCCGGUGUAUACAUUCCACUCGCCCGUCACGACGUACCACAGCCGACGCGUUGUGAAGAAGCAAUCGCCAUCGUUCUACGCAGUACUUGGGCCGACUGUGAUCCUACCUGCCCUCACCAGCGACGUGAUCACGGAGGCGUCGAUGGGAGUGCUCCUGCAGCUCAUGGGGCAGGCCUUUACCCCAACAACGAAAGGCGCGUCCGACUUUGCCGUGUCGACGUUCCAGUUGAACGGCCAGAACUUUGAUCCUACAUACGAUGCCGCCGACGAAAGCGACAUGCCCUGCGACUCUCUUCUCACACUUGUCAACGAACCGUUCGAGUUUGCCCCGCUCCCGUACUUGAAGGAAGACCUGGACGCGCUCCUGCCCCUCUUUCGCCGUGACAUGGACUUCCGCAACCUCGUCAUGAAGACUUUCCAAGUGAUUUUUCGUCCCGACAACGUCCUCGCCGUCACGUACAACCCGAUCUUUGGCAAGUUGUGGCGGCUGUGCUGCCGCCAGCGACUGGACCCACGGUUGGACGAUCUCACCACCCAGCUCGCGCAGUGCGUGCCGAAACUGACUGGCCCUGCGCUAGCCCAUGUCCAGACUUGGCUAGACGAGUCGUACAACGACACGCAGCGCAUCCGAGAGGCCAUCGCCACGUUGGAGCCGAAUGGGCCAUGCUUCACCCUGGACAGCGGCACCAUCUCCACGUCCAAGGACAACUUGCGGUCGCUGGCGCGCGCGCCAACGCCCGGCGUGUUAGCGAGCACCCAAGCGAUUUUGACGUGGAUACAGUACCACGACAUGACCCCACCGCACGUCCAGAGCUUGGAUGACGACGCUGACGUCAAGUUGUUACCUGUGGCACUCGCCGACGAAGACUUUUUUUCGUUUUUGCCGAACCUCAUGUUCCCCGGGUUGACCCUGAGUCGUCGGGGCGCGGCGAUCGUAGCGCUGGUGUGCUGCCUCUCUGACCACGUCCACCUCCGGCACCGCGCUGAGUCGUACUUAAAGGCCAUCGAAGGCACAUGGCUCCCAUUCGAGUACGCAGUAGAGUUCCCCGAGAUCUUUUCGGCCGAAAUUGUGGAGCUCCUGUACCGUGGCCGUGCCUACCUAACCCCCCUUGAGCAGCACGUGUACAGCAAGCUGUUUGUCAUCCACCGCAUGCGCCUUGCUGCGACCAAGCAGAUCGAGGCGACGGUCGGCUUCACCCCGAAAAAGGACGACUUUUGGCCAGACCGGAAAGCGCCGUGCCUGACGUGUGGUUACGACACGAGCUUGUCUCUGAUGGUGUCCCCGAUCCUCUGUGCCAUGUGCGUAACGUACGGUGGCGACGCACCCGCCCUCCAAGCCAACACAUUUGUGGCUGGCAACGAAUCCCACAUGGUGGCGUGCCAUGACUGCCACGGCAUUUACGCGGUGCUGCAAGUGGCCCAGCUCGGGACAGCGGCCAAGUGCUGGUUCUGCCGCACCAACGUGCCUGGCCCGCCACCCAAGACAUCCUGCACGGGUUGCUUGAAUGAGUACAUCGAUCCUGCUGGCCUAUAUCGGUCCAGCGCCCCGGACAACUCGUGGCUGUGCCCGGUGUGCACCGACGCCCCGACCCGCGCCAAGACGACAGCCACCACCACCGUUCAAGUUCUCACCAUGGCCAACCCCGACGUGGCCGUCGUGCACGGCUGGACGGCAGAGAAGACCAAGGACGCGUUCGUGGAGCUGGUGUACCAUACCCCGCACGACUCAAUGUUUAAAAUCUUCACCCAGAAACGGACGGUCCUCGUUGCGGGCCCUACUGCGAAUGGCUUUUCCUCCAGCCAAGGCGCCGAUGUGACGAUUCGUUUCGACGGCAAAAUCGUUCACCAGGCACGCCAACUGUGCCAGUCCUUUAGCACGAUAGUGCUCCCAGACAGCCUGCGCGACGUGUGCAGCAUGUGCUUUUACGAGCUGCCACUCGUGGAACUCACCAGCGCCUGCGGACGGUGCUUGACCAAAGUGUGCGAUCCGUGCCUGGCGAAAUGGUACGGCGCUCCCAAGCCGGGAAAGCUGAUCGUGCCGGCCAUGCUUUCUUGUGCCUUUUGCCGCCGCCCCCCCACGCUCGGCGUCCUUCGCAAACACAACCGCGAGUUGCUCUCGCUCAAGGUCGACAAGACGGCGGCAUUUCGUGACCCAAACAUGCACUAUGGUUGGUGCUUGGGCUGCUUUCGCAUCAAGGGCAUGAUUGCCCGAACGAACGACUCCCCGAUUGACGAGGAAGCGUUCGUGUGCGGCGACUGCAAGACCGCCCAUCCAACUCCUGACGAGUGGGUAUUUGUUGCGACCAAGCAGUGCCCCAACUGCCAUGCCCCCACCGAAAAUCACGGCGGAUGCGACCACGUCACCUGUAUCUGAAGCCAGCACAGGUGCUCUCAGUGUGCGACGGGGUUCGACGAUGCAUAAGUCAUGUACGACCACUUGUACACAACCCACAACUUCGGCGUCCAUGAUGCCACGUUGUGAUCAAUCAUAUUAAGUAGAUUUAUAUCGUCUCCGUGAGCUGAAGGUGUUAGCGGUGGUCCGUUAGAAACUUUGGGUUCAAUCAAGAACGCUACUAGA